UUCUCUCUCUCUCUCUCUCUCUCUCUCUCUCUUCACCCACCCUUUCUCUCUGCGCCGGAGCCGCCGAGAGCGAGCGAGUCAGUCAGUCAGCCAGAGAGAGAGAGAGAGUGUGAGUGACGCGGUGGAGGUGUAAGGGACUGACGCGGUGUUUACGUCUCGGUGCGAGUGUCCAGUGGCAGCAGAGAGAGCCGGGGACUUGAGGGAAAUAAAACCGUACUGCAGGUAAAGGAAACAAUGGAUUCCAGUGCAGAUGCUCAACAUGGUGACACUCCAAUUUCAGAAACGGAAACCCACCAGCUAGCAGUUCAGACACAAGCACAGCUUGCAACUAUAGCACAGGUAACCAUGCCUGGGAUCCAGUCCACAGCCAGUCCAACAGUAACUUUAGUGCAGUUGCCUAAUGGACAGACUGUUCAAGUCCAAGGAGUUAUCCAGGCAGCUCAGUCAUCAGUUAUACAGUCGCCUCAAGUCCAGACUGUCCAUAUUUCUACUAUACCAGAAAGUGAGGACUCCCAGGAGUCUGUGGAUAGCAUGACUGACUCACAGAAACGUAGAGAAAUUCUAUCGAGACGGCCUUCAUAUAGGAAAAUUCUGAACGAACUCUCUUCUGACACCCCCGGUGUGCCAAGAAUCGAUGAGGAGAAAUCAGAAGAAGAGUCUGUCUCGGCAGUUACUACAAUGACGAUGCCAACCCCCAUCUAUCAGACCAGCAGCGGACAGUACAUUGCUAUCACACAGGGAGGCGCAAUCCAGCUAGCCAACAAUGGCACAGAUGGGGUGCAAGGGCUCCAAACGCUAACAAUGAGUAACGCAGCGACAGCCCAAGGUGGGGCAGCCAUUGUACAGUACGCCCAGAGUCCCGAUGGACAGCAGAUCUUUGUGCCGGGCAGCCAAGUGGUCGUACAAGGUGCAGCUGGAGAUGUCCAGACCUAUCAGAUCCGUACCACUCCCAACUCCACUGCCGGCCAAGGAAUGGUAAUGGCGUCAUCGCCAGUCCUGCAGAACCAGCCCCAGAACGCUGAAGAAACCACGCGCAAACGAGAAAUCCGCCUCAUGAAAAACAGGGAAGCAGCACGGGAGUGUCGUCGCAAGAAGAAAGAGUAUGUGAAAUGUUUGGAGAACCGGGUUGCUGUUCUGGAAAAUCAAAACAAGACCCUCAUUGAAGAGCUCAAGGCACUCAAAGACCUGUAUUGCCAUAAAUCCGACUAGCACGCCACUGUCAUUCUUGCGAAUGAUUAACAGACUUGCCCCAAAAGACUAUUGGCAUGAGCUGGGCGACUCUGCUACUUUUCUAAUGGUUUCUCUCCUACAUGGGAAAAAAAAAUCAAAAAAACUGCAUGGAUGCAGUUCCGGCAGCUGCACGCCCAUGCACCAGGGGAUCAUGCAUCGGAUCGCGGGAUCCAACCUGGUCAAAUCUUUCGCGUUCCAAACUCAAGAUAGCCUGGAACCUGGUUUGGGCAAUUGCUUUUUUCACAUGAACAUUUUUAUAUACAAACUAACUUAUCGGUACAAAAAAAAUUCUUGUCUAGUGUGACCAGGAAAAAUCACAAACAUUUUAGUUUAGCAUUUUUGUCUUUUCCCCCACCACUACCACCCCAUUAUUCUUUUUCUUCUUGUUGCUCUGGAGUGCAGUGUUGUUGCAGUCAUCCCAUCAGGUGGAGUGGGAGUUGCACCUGCAUCCAUGGCCUUGUCUUUGUGGCACCUUCAGGCCGAUACUUUUAAAGGCACAUGCUCUGGCAAUACGGAUGGCUGUGCUAUCAUCAUCUCACCAAGCCAUUUGCAGGAUACGUCAGAUUGCAACCCAGGAACAAUACAGAACCACACCACACAAUGUUGGCAAGCGUGUCAGGGGGAUUGGCCCCGGUUGGGGCAGAAGAUCCCUUUAAUCCAGAAAGUUGUGGAUAUCGAGCGCCUUGACUGCUUCGCUUACUGGCCUUUUCAAUUAAUCACUUUUUUUAGUCUGAGCUUGAAUUUUAAAAGUCGUGUUGGUUUGCAAUUAUAUACCUAUACAUAUAUAUAUAUAUUUUUUCCUCUCUUUCUAAAUGGUGUUGUGAUCCAGCCAGACUGUUCUGUCAGUCAAGCUGAGCUGACUGCACCCCUGCCCAAAAGGUGGUGAGGCUGGAAGGAAUGUUAAGCUUUGUAUUUAUCAUUCAACAGAAAAAUAUGUGAGGGAUCGAACCAUAAAACCAAUUAAUGCUGUAAAACAGCACCCACAGCGAAGUGGGUGUAAAACGCUGUUAUUUUUUUUGGGCGGCGGGGGGGAAGAAUAAUUGUUGUGAAACUGGUCACCUUUGUUUGAUGCCUUUGCACUGUAUUAAUAACACUUUACAUUUUUAUACUGUAUAUAUAUUUCUAAAAGAAGUGUGACUCUGCAAGGAAAAAAUAGAACUAGAAAAGGCUAAGGGUUUGUGAUACAACCCUUUCACUGCUCUCAAUAGAGAGAGCACCGCUGUUCCAUCAACCUUGAGGUUCAGCACCUUGUCCCCCACCCUGCAAAAUAAACUAGCCCAGUGCAAAUUUUAAAAGAGCAAAA